ACACCGAAUCGUACUUUUGCAACAGGGAUUUUACCUUCCCCCGAUCUGACUCGUCCAAGAGAGGGAGGUCCAGCAACCUAAUCCUCUCGAACAGGGACGGUACAGCUUUCUGCGCACUAACAGUCGCCACAGUGGCCCUAACCUCUGUCACCCCCAUUGGAAGGCUAAUAACCUGAGCCUCACUUAGACUACCAAGCCCAAUCCGAGGAUACAAGUGGACUGCAGUGGUCCCUACAUUCACCACUGGCACAUACGCUGUACCACGAACAACUCUUACUACGCAUGGGGACACCAGCAGGCCAGCUGGUAAGCCAUCCUCGGGGGGUUCCAGCAGCGCAGUUCCUUGGGCCAACUGCUCAGGGCAUGUAGCUGCCACCAGUUUCAAAGUGCCACCCGGCACACGCACCACCCGCUUACCUCGAACUCGCACAGGUCUGCCAACCACAGGGGAAGAGUGGUCAUCACACAGGCUAUGACACUGUUGCAGAGCAUCAAGGACAGGUUGCGGCUCCUUUAGCACUACCAAUGACUCAAAGAGAGAGGGACCAAGUGAACCGAAGAGCUCCUGGUAACAACGUUUUAUGAUGUUCAUUCCCAGAACCCCCAGAAUGGAGGGCACAGGACCAGGGGGGCCCUUUACUACCAAAAUCCCACAACGAGUCAAGAUCUUCCCACACAGUGUGACAUCCAGUUCAAGGUAGCCUAUGUAUGGGAUUGCCAGGCCAUUCGCUGCCCUCAGCUGAAGCCAAUUACAAGAGCAGAGGCGGUCUGGACCCCAUGAGGCAAAUUUCUCCAGAAACACACUCUCUGGAAUAGUAGACACCAUGGAACCCGUGUCCACCAGACAGGAGACAGUCACUCCUCCAAUCUGAACAUCCAUGUAUGGACAAGAACUGACCAAGUCACACCCUACGCCUACCGAGGAGCCUGAGGGCCCCCCACCUGAAUUGCGGCUCAACAACUCAGUGGGUUCUAGUUUUCCGCCUGAGGUGCGGGUUGGGCCUGGCUCCUGUCAAUUAAACUCGAGCUAGUGGUUACAGGUGAACGCGGUGGGGGGUAAGCCCGCUCAUUAGCACAAUCCCUCGCAAAGUGCCCAGGCCGCUGGCACCGCCGACAAAUUACCGGAGCCAGCCCGCACGUUCUUAUGUUGUUGCCGUGGGGCCUGCAGCAGCGCCACAGUCUGAGUGAGCUGAUUUAACUGCUCCUGUUGGAGCUUCAUCAAAUUCAGUACUUCCCCCUCCGGUGAACCAGCCAAUACCCCAGCAGGAACACCGCUUUGCACGCUACACUGCAGACCAUAGGCCGAGGGUACAGAUGCACUGCGAGCCCACGUGGACGAACCCUCCCUUUCCCAUCUCAUAGCUUCUACCCGAAGCUCCAGCAAAGAAAUAUUAGGGUUUUGACGAACCUCUUGCCUAAGUGUACGGCGAAGAGAACCAUCUAGAACGUGCUCAAUAAAUUGGUCUCGAAGCAGCACCUCAGAAUUAGGCACCCGGUCGGGAGCCUGUUGUUUGACUUGCGCCAUCAACGCCUUGAGAGCAAGAGAAAACUCUUGCAAGGUCUCACCUUCGAGCUGCUGCCGAGAGAAGAAACGCUGCUGCAAGGCAAUAGGAAGGCAUAGGACUGAGUACAGCCAUACAGUUCUUUUAAAAUAGCAAGAACCUGCACUGGAUCCCCUCCGUACAGAACUAGAGCGAAACCUAAUUUCCUCCCUGGCUUCCCCGUCUAAGUGAUCGAAAAUAAAGAGAGCCCGGUCAGCAACUGAUAAGUGUCGAGCGCGCAUGCACGCUUCAACCUCAUCGAUCCACUCGGCCACCCCCAAACCCGACCUACCGCUGAACGUAGGGCACUUACGGUCCCUAGGAAUGAUGACCAGCCGCUCCGUUACGGCGGAAGCCGUAGAUGAACUACUUACCAGCUGUUCCUCUCUCGGCGCACACACUCACACACACACACACUCUAACUGCUACGUGCAUUGUAAGUGGCAAGACAGGACUGGCGCUUAGACGCACCUGCAUUUAGCCAGGCUCUCACCACGCCCCCACCACCUCCACCAAUCGUCUCCGUCAUGUCUGACAGCCUGCACUGUCUCAGUGGCCCUGCUUCAGCCUUCCUUGGCCGUCCAGGUGGACUCUUUGCACAUGUCCAUAACUCCCACACUGGAAGCAGUUCACAGUUUUCCCACAGCAGCCUCGUCUUGCUCCUCAGCCUGGAGGAGUCCCUCCUCUCCUCAUAGGAGGUCGUCUGGUACACCUUCCUGGUAGAAUGUACAUCACCUGGGGUGUGGCCAUGCCUGGUGGUGUAGGUGGGGGCUGAGGCACGCUGGCUGGUUGAGCAGACACCAUCCUCAGCUCUCUUUUCUCCCCCUCUUUUCGCCGCUGCUGGUGUGUUGCUUCUUUCACUGCCUCCUUUGCCUGCUUUUGACGCAGCUCAACAUGAAUCACCUGGUCAGUUAUUUGCUCUAGUGACAAGUUGCACAGGUCCACAGUGUCAUUCAGAUCAUUCUGAUCUGGUCUUGAAGGCCAGGGCAGAUUUUGAUGCUGUGCCCCUUUGACCAGCAGAGGAAGUCCAUCAGAAACCUCAUUUACUCGUUCGUCACCCACACACCAUGAUUCCUUAUCUGACUCAGCCCACAGUGAUCUAACUGCUCUGUCACGCAGAUCACUUUCACUGCAGAAAUUUCCAAUUGAUAUUUUCUGUUUUUAAACAAACGCCGGGCAGUUCUAAUAACUCAUCCCUUUCCACUGCCCUGUCUGUCCCUUCUAGAUCAGCUACUGGGUGAACUGGCUUCUUUGUCCUUCCAGGUUUUGUUUCUUCUGCAUCCAUCUGGGACACAUCUGAAAGAGACCUAAUUAUAGUGAUCUGAUUAGAUUGAUUAUUACAACAUUGAGCCGUCUUUUUGCCCAUCAUUUUUGCACAGUUAAUAAAAUGAAACACUGCAUUUUCUCGUUCCCGUUUAAGGCCUAACUUCACAGAUUUGAUCUCUACCCACUGCCUAAGAUCAAAUGUCCCCUCUGUUGGCCAGGGUGACCUAGCCUUAUGCGUCCGCUUAUUCUAUUUCUUCGAAUACUUCUGAAUCUACUGAGAAAAGAGAGGAUGUUUUCUCAUUAUUCCUAUAUCUGGAGAAAAAAAGCAACCGGUGCGAUACAUAAUUUGAAUAUAGGGUGUAUGUAUAGGUAUGUAUAUGAUACACUUAAAUGGACCGACCAGGAAUGAAUGUUAAUGGACUUAUUAUAGGUGUUUUAUCCUACUUAGUUGACUUAUUUGACUUCCUGCUCUGGGAAGUAUUCACACACACACACACACAGAAGUGAAUACCCGAAGAGGAACAAAGCUAACGUCUCUGGGCCCAUUUGAAACAUCCUAUGUAUAGGUAUGUAUAUGAUACACUUAAAUGGACCGACCAGGAAUGAAUGUUAUUGGACUUAUUAUAGGUGUUUUAUCCUACAGUACUUAGUUGACUUAUUUGACUCCCUGCUCUGGGCAGUAUUCACACACACACACACGCACACACAGGAGAAGUGAAUACCCGAAGAGGAACAAAGCUAACGUCUCUGGGCCCAAUUUGGAGUCCCAAUUCACUCCUCCCCCCUUUUUCUUUUUUAACCAAACCAGGAGGCCGCGAUCUGCACACACUCCGUGACCUGCUUGACCAGUCCCAACCACAGUGCGGAAACGUCGUUCUUAAAUACGCAGAUUAUUUCAAACAAAAUUUCCCAAUGUCUACACCGGACACUAAAAAAUAUUAGAAUUACCAAAAGUGAUAGAAUGAUCAAAACGUUCAAAAAUGUAAUCUACACAGCACUCACCCCACGGCUCUCCCCAAACUGUUCAAAAACAAACAAACACCCACACAGACAAUGAACAGCGAGGCUUUAUCUCCCCCGUUACACACACACACACUCUGCUCCUGGACGAAAAGGGAACGCACACUGUCAAUUAUUAACACCCACUCAGUUUUUUACCAACACAGACUCAAAUGUUAUUACCUCGACACCUGUUAAUUAUUAACACCGCAACAACUUAGCACUUAUCAUACUAUCCCUAAACGCAUCAACAUAUACCAAACAUAUACUCACCCCAACUUAACUAUACUUGCGCAAUACUGACACAUCGACACACUGAAGUUCAACACACAAUAAACAGAAAGCACUUUUACCGGUUAUCCCUAUGUUACCAGGCCUCACAAACCAUGGGAAACUCUACACUUAGAUUGAUCCGUUCCACGCUUAAUGUAGAUUCCCCAUACAUUACAUAAGACUACAGUGCCUAAUAAAUUUAGAUUCUAUCGAGCAGGUCUAAUUGUGCGAAUUUCACAACCCGUUGCACCGAGGCCGGUACCGUACGUCUUCCCCUUUAAUUUAACUGCCCGCUCAAUAGCUGGGACAAAUUUUCCAGUGUCGACACAGAACUUACACAGCCUUAAAUUUAUUUUAUCCGAAUGCAGACUACAACGCCCAUACUUUAGGUUUCCCGAUCCGUCGCCUGCCUCAAGUUAAGCUACGUAACUUCUAGAGGUCAAUAGGCCAUGUCAUUUUUCCCCAAGCGCAAGAUAGCACAUACAGUCGUAGCACUUCAAAGAGACCAUCUUUUUUACCGCAGUACGUGCGCGCCACGGGUGCGUCCCCGACUAAGAAUUUUUAAUCCUGCAGCAAGCUGAAAAAAAUCAGGGUGCUAGUCUCGUGUUAACCACCAGGUGGCGCAAAGAUGUGAGGUCAGACUGUUCAUUUCUAUCUGUGUCUACACAUUAAGCACAAAAAACGAUGUCAUGGUAUUGUAUCAUUAAAUGUAGAGUAUUUCAUUUUUAAGUAUUAUAGAUUAUUAAUUGUCUUUGCACGCUAGUGUGGGCUAGUGUUUGUUGUCAAUUGCCGAAGCUGCUGAUGCUUUUACACAGUUUCCAGGCCAGCCGAGAGACACAGUCCCUCCUCCAGCCAAUCCAAUAGAAUAAUAUAAGUAUAAUAACAUAAAAUAGGAAUCUAUAUUUAUUCAUCAAUCUGUGUUAUAAAUGUUUUUUUAUAUGUAUAUCUGUACUCGUCUUCUGGUUUGUUGAUCAUAAGGAAAAAAUACAAAACAAACUUGGUUUUCGUUUCAAUUUCAAUUUCGUUUUAUUUAACGGAAUUCAAGUGUUGUUGUUUUUUCGACACAAGGCACGGAGUUGGAUGUAAAGCUGAUUUUUCGUUUUGAGAAAAAAGCAGAGAACGAAAAACUAAGUUGUCGUUGUCUUGUUAUAGCAGCUUUUAAGUUUAACCAAACUCUUAAAAUUUAGUCAGACUGCAAUGACCUAUAGUUUGCUCUGAUUCUGAAUGCAACGUAAAAGCCCGAAUGACAGAUGAUGUGUCCAAGUAGAGCUUAACCAGAAAUGUAUGCUUGCCAAAUGCAGGCAACAAGAGAAUCGGGGAAGUGGCGUCACCGUCUAAAGCAGACAUUGAUGUGACGUUCCAACAAUGGUGCUGAGGAGCCACUUAUUCAUAGGCAGAUGUCUUGGAUCAAGUUGUCAAUGCGCGCUAGUGUUUGUUGCUGUCGCUGCUGUCUUUAUACAGUAUGUCCUCGUGUUUAAGUAUCGGGUCCGUGUACGUUUUAACAGUUUGAUUUCCCCCUCCAGAAUAAAAGCUGGGAAGACGAGAAAACACGUCGUUUUAAAACGUUUUAAACCCGGAGGACCUAUUAAUGUGUCUGGACACGCUCCCAGGAAAAACGAAUCGACUGUGGCAUCGGAGCAUUUUGCCAGAAUGAGCUUCGCAAAGAAAGGACACUUGGUUUCCAAACCGCGACCUAAAGCAUCCCCUUAAACUUCACGUUUGGGGAAUGAUUUCUAUGUGGGGACCAGGACCGAUGAUUAUUUUCGAGGGGAUUAUAGAUAGACAGUUUUUCAAGGAGUCCAUAAUCAAACGCACAGUGGGGCCAUAUAUUAGAAAGUAUAUUGAAACACGGCAUCGUUUUUUCCAGGACAAUGACCCCAAACAUGUCGCUGCAAGAGCCUGUCUGGAGGCGAAAGGAAUCAGCUGAGUGUGCACACCGGCAGAGUCCCCUGAUCUGAUCCCAUACUAAUUAAACAUUAUCUGGCUUCUAAAACCAAUGGUCUUUUUCUUAUACUACUGACAUUAAGAACCUUUCACUUCACUGCUUUUAAACGCAGUUGUUAUGGACGUUCACAUAAAAUCUGUAAGUGGAUUUUAUUUAAUAUAAAUAAAUACAUUGUAUUAAAUCUUUCUCUAUGCCUCGUCAGAACGUCAGGACUCAGCUGAUCAACAACGCAUUAAUGCAGCAGCUUGUUUGUUUUACAUGUGCUUAUUAUGCACGAUAAAUGUUAACGUUUUUUACUGAAUGAAAACGAAAAUAACUCCGGCUCUGCAGCAUAAACCACUUUGACCACUUUUGAGGUGGUCAGGUUAAACAGUUAAAACAGUAGGACAUAGUCAAUGUGUCCUUUAAACGGAAGCUGCAUUAAUAUACUUUACCGUAAUGACAUUUACAGUACCACAAUAUCUGCAGAAAAAUGUUUUAUUACACAGGCAAUACAGUUGAUUUGGAACUCCUUUCGCGCGAGUUACGGCGUCUGAUGUUGAUUCAGUUGCAAAAGCAAACUUCACAUCCUAUCCCCUACUACGUAUUGGCACAGAGACAUUAACAUAUUGUCUCCACUUGGAAAAUAGGUGUAAAAUACUUUAGCUCCGAGACAAAGAAAAACUCCAUGGGAGAUCGGGCAGCGUGAUCUGCUGCACCUACAUAGGCUGUGGGACGCCAAAACCUUUCACUUGACUUUUUUUAAAUGCUCUUCUUAUGGUAUUUCACACAAGUCUGGCAGACUACCACUGCUAAGUUGUAGAGAAUAUCAUAUAAUAAAAAUAAAUAAAUUGUAAUAAACUGUCUCUAUGGUAUGCCAGAACGCCAGGACUCAGUAGAUCUCCGACUCAUUAUUGCAGCAAGUUUUUUGUUCUGCAUAUAUUGAUUCUGCAUGAGUAAUAAGGACUGUUUUACACUUAUUUAGCCAAAGACAAAACUCAAAAGAGAGACACCCAUCAAGUUUUAACAAAUGUACAGUAAAAAAUAUAAACAGAAACGCUUGAAAGUGUUUCCGUUUUAUAUUCCGGUUAUUUUGUUAUUACUCCUUUUACCUUUACCACAUAAAGUCAUUGCAGAGCUACAGCCAUGUUCCUACAAAGUUAACCAGCUGUUUAUUUCGUAUUCCCUCUUUCAUGUCCGUCCGAAAAUGGGCGGGGCCAUCCAGUGUCCCUGCUCUGGGACGUCAAAUGGCCAACCAUUUUGUAUGUCUCCAUACUCCUAUGAAAAUCCCCAUUUGGCCACCACAGAAAUCGUACCAGGUCAGCGUCCACCUUUGGUACGUCCACCUAAUGAAACAUGGCUUCAAUAUCGGACAUUACUACAACGGGCUCCCUCCUAAAUCUGGUCAACACACCAAUUAAUGUAUUUGUCAGAUCAGGACCACUUAAAAGCUGUGAAUUGAAAGAAAUGCCUUUGAAUGGGGCUGCACAGUUGGAGACCACUCUAGUUUUUCCCUUUUUAGGGUGGUAAACUCUGUGAUGUGUGAUAUGCCACACUUUGCAAUCACUGCGCCCUAACUCCUCAACCGGCACUCUUUGUGCGUAUCCUUUACAUCGGAGAUCUUCCAUUAAUGCGGUAUAGUCUUUAUGGAAAUCCUUAUCCUUAAUGAAUCUUCUCUUCAAGCUCAAGGUAUGUUGCUCUGCAACCAUAUAGCUGUUAGGCAUACUUAUAUUUCGAUCUCUCAAUGGUAAGGCAAUGUUAUAGUGGCCAUCAUAUAGAACCGCUGUGUUGGAGAAAAUAUAUUUUCAUCUAUAAUUAAUCUCAUUUAUCUUUGGUGUUUAUUCUAUAUCAUUUAACCCAUAUAAUCAUUUAUUCAUUUCAUUUAUAUUCAUUUCAUUUAUGUAUCAUUUACCUUUUUUACAUUUUCCAUUUAUGGUUUGCAUUUGCUGUGCCUUAUAACCCCAUUGACAGGUGCACAGACUUCUAACCACAGGUUUUCAAGUAUUGUCAUAUACGAAGAACAAUUUUGUAACAUUUGCCAUUUGCUUUGUGCUCCUACGCAGGCGUAGGGGUUCAAAACCACAAGAGGGGUUGGUGGAGUACUGCUAUGCCUAAUGUGUGUGUUUCUGCAUGUUCAGCAAUGAUGUGACGAUGUGAUGAUGUGAUGAUGGAGGCGUGUACAAGCUUCAAUAAAAUGUUGUGCUUUGGGGAAGUUCAUUGGAGUUGGUUGGUCUCUGAGUGAGGCGCUUACAACGCUAAGAUCUCAGGCGAACUCCCCUUGGCCAAGUAAAAUCUCUGGUUGGCUCUCAGUGUGCUAUAUUGUUCUCGUCUUUGUGUGUAUCAGUGCUGUUGUGGUAUUUUCAGACCCAACAUAAUUUGGUCCUUCGAGCCGGAGCUCAACAGUCCACGUCGUGGAAGGAAGGUGACGGAACACCGAAGUCUGAUGUCAGCCGGACAUCUACUCGUCCGACACAAAAUCCUGGGGCGUGAAUUCGUCGCUGGGUCGGUGGCAUAGAUCCUGAUCUUUCCUCCGACGGCGUUGAUGACGAGUUCCAGGAGACGAGCAAUACAGCACCAAUAACAGGAGGAGAAGAUCGAGCCAGGUGACCAGAUCCUCAUCAAGGCCAUCAAACGAAAGACGUGGUCAAGUCCGCGGUGGGAGGGGCCAUACACUGUGGUACUCACUUCACCGACGGCUGUAAAGAUCGAGGAGAGAGCUACGUGGAUCCAUCAAAACCACUGCAAGAGGGUGAUUCCCCUGGUUGGCACUGAGUAGGGGUGGAAGUCGACCGGUAUCAAAACCUUUGGUCACCGAAGAAACCAACUGAUCCCCGCUCCCAGCUAUGGCACCAGUGGGUAAGCUCCGGGUAGUGGUCUGUGUGACAAUCUUCAUGAUUGGUUUGUUUGCUCUCAAUAUACUGUGGGAUGGCCAGAUGCGGAAUCUGUUUAGAGUGAAGAAAUGGACUGGUACGCCAGUGCACGACUGGAACUGGAAGAACUUGGACCCCAACCACAAGCAUCCGUUCGAGACCAACAUGUGGUAUCGUUAUGUCAAGGUGUUAGCUAAAGCAUACAAUAAAUCGAAUUGUUUUGUGUGUUCUCACAUGCCGCAUUCAUCUUCUCACCUGACUCUCUAUGCUACACCCAUGCCUUACCAUGCAGCAUUGUGUUUCUACCGAAUGUCUGUUUAUGGUCGUUCACAGAAUUCAUACUUUUACGAGCCAUACACUCCUGAACUUCUCCAGAAGAUGUUUCAGAGAACGUAUGAGUACAACUUUACUGCUGAGGGAACUGAUGUUUCUUGUGCUGAUGUUCCAGUGUCUUCACUGAACUGGACUCAGAAAGGGCCUGUUGCCAGUGACAAAGUGAUCAUCCCUCGAGCCUUACCUAGUUGCGCACACGGCCAUGGUACCGGCUUCCCUUGGUGCUUAGAGAAGCGAGCGAGGAGGGGGGCCGAACCCAUAGGGAUUUUACCUGUUAACAUGUGUUGUGUUGUUCUCAUAGCUCUCGACGAGGGAAAAAGCAAUCCUUUUGUCGUAGUCGAUGGAGGCUGGUGGCUCUGCGGCACUAAGGUUUACAUGUCACUGCCACGGCGUUGGUCAGGUCGAUGUGCGCCAGUUAAAGUGUCUGACCACACCUUUUUUGCAGAGGCCCACGAGAUUCCAGCUAAAGUGCGUGCUAGACGAAGCGUCUUCCCAACCUUUAAACCACAUGACGAUAAGAUGGGUUCGGAUGUUCCGCAAGAAUUCAAACAUUGGAACACCGCUUCUAAGAUUGCUCUUUGUCUUGUCCCACACAUUGGUGUGGGUAAGAAUAUGCUAAGGUUAGAAACCGUUGAUUACCGUUUCCAGGUUUGGGUUAACGCAUCUAUCACCGUGAAUGAGGGACAGAACCGUGAGAUCGAUGCUCUGAGAAUUGUUGCCAUGCAGAAUAGGAUGGUGUUAGAUUUGCUCACAGCUGGUGAGGGAGGUGUGUGUGUGAAGAUUGGUACUGCAUGUUGCACUUAUAUUCCAGACGAAGUUAACACCAAUGUUACAGCAGCCAUGGAAGUGAUGAAGAAUCUGAGGAAGGCCAUGUCACAAGAUGCACAUCCAGAAUCUCGUGAUCCUGACUGGUUGAAUUGGCUCCUCUCAGGAGAAUGGUGGCAUAAAUUGUUGAUGGUUUUUGCAUUGAUAAUUGGUAUAUUCUCCCUUUUCUUCCUUUUUCUGAUCUGCUGCAUUCCAUGCCUGAGAGCGAUGGUCUCUUCAGUUGUCUCAGACAGGAUGUAUGCAAAUUCAACUGCUAUGACUGAACUCGACUUUGACUUUGAAUUUGAUUCUAGACUUUAAAGGUUUUUACAAAAGCUCUUACAAUGUUUUGACGUUCACAUUAAAAACUGUUUCAGAGAGAUGUGAUACUGAUGUUUAAUUGUCCUUGUAAUGACAAACAGGGGGGAAUGUUGGAGAAAAUAUAUUUUCAUCUAUAAUUAAUCUCAUUUAUCUUUGGUGUUUAUUCUAUAUCAUUUAACCCAUAAAAUCAUUUAUCCAUUUCAUUUAUAUUCAUUUCAUUUAUGUAUCAUUUACCUUUUUUACAUUUUCCGUUUAUGGUUUGCAUUUGCUGUGCCUUAUAACCCCAUUGACAGGUGCACAGACUUCUAACCACAGGUUUUCAAGUAUUGUCAUAUACGAAGAACAAUUUUGUCACAUUUGCCAUUUGCUCUGUGCUCCUACGCAGGCGUAGGGGUUCAAAACCACAAGAGGGGUUGGAGGAGUACUGCUUUGCCUAAUGUGUGUGUUUCUGCAUGUUCAGCAAUGAUGUGACGAUGUGAUGAUGUGAUGAUGGAGGCGUGUACAAGCUUCAAUAAAAUGUUGUGCUUUGGGGAAGUUCGUUGGAGUUGGUUGGUCUCUGAGUGAAGCGCUUACAACGCUAAGAUCUCAGGCGAACUCCCCUUGGCCAAGUAAAAUCUC